UAUUACAGAGGGUCUAUUAACCUGUAUAGCUUCCCAUUAAGCAGAUAUAAAUCAGUGAGAUCGACGAGUUAAGGCCUACUUUCUCCGGAAUAGAGUAUAUUUAUUCUAUAUAGAUUGCUUAUUUUAUUGUUAUCAGCUCUGUAACACAGUACAGUAUAUGAUUAUGAGUAUUCAACAUCAUCGCGGCAAGUCACGGCCACGGCGAGGUCACCACACUGGGCAUUCUGGCAUGAUCAUCUCUGCCGGUAUGGAAGAAAUAAAUAGGGUCGUAACUCCCAUUCAAGCACAUAAUCCGCACGAUACAAAUAGGAAACACGCCAAAGACGUUUCUUCCACGGACACGCUAUUCAUUCUCGGGUGCGUUGACCGAAUCGGUGAAGUAAUAGGAGAUGAAGGUCAUCCAUUAUAUGGCCCACAGGCAAAAAGGUCAUCAUGCUUGAUCAUCAAGGGUGCUAAUCAUGCUGAGCACGAUGGUGCCUCCUUAUCACCCAGAUGUUUGCUGCAGAGGAACUGUGACACGAAUAACCAGGGGCAGUUUGCUGGUGUCUCUGCAGCUGACACACCUGUAUUUACAGCCUUUUCUACAAAGGACGAGAAGGAAAAGGCACUAAACCAGCAACAACAUAGUACCUCAUAUAGACCGAAAACAGUUCUGCCAAGGUUUAUUGAGCUGUACCAAUACCCAGGUUUUAAGGCGGUCGAAAUAACACCUCUGCCAGAGGGUGCUAACAUCGAUGUGGUCAUUUUGCGUGUAGUCAAUGCCCAAUCACGAUUACACUGGAAGGCAGCAUUAAGGGCUGAAUUUUUCAAGAUUAUUUCGAGAAAUGUGUCAAAAGCACUCCUGCUGGACACAUUUUGGUGGGCAUAUCUAGACAAGUUCCAGCCACACAAAUCAACCCAGCAGAAAUUGUUUGAUCGAAUAUCCAAAAACUACGUGAGGCUGAUUCUAGAAGAUAGGUUCAAAUACAGAGAUUUUUUUAUGAAGGAAUAUCCUGACAUUCUCGCCCAACUUGUCUUUGCUGCAUUGUGCGAGUCCUUUCCCCAUUCUCUGUCUCAGUUUGGAGAGGAACUCAUGGCAAACCUUCUCAACCUAACCAUGCUAUGGAUGACAGGGACGAAACCUGCACCACAGCACUACCAAAAGUGGAACACAGCAGUCCUGCAGCCUUGUCGGCAAUUAGAAACAGAAUGUAAUACAGGGAGUAGACGAAACAGUAAAAGAGUAUCAGCUGUCAGCUUUCCUAGCCCUAGUGUUGCUGCAGUGGAAACAGUUGUCAAGGAGACAAAGGCGGUUGCCAGGCGACAGAGCCUGACCCCAAGCAAUCCAGUGAUCAGCGUGCUGGAAAAGUGUCAGGAUGAUGCCGCUCGUGGGACUGAGGAAGGAAAACACAAUAAGACUACAGAUCCUAAGAAAACCAGAUCACCAUCUUUCUCCAGCUGCUCACAGAAAACUUUGUAUGACAAAAGUGAGAGUGAGGGCAAGAUAAGAUCAGCAGCCACAACAGCUGGUGAUCACAAGUCCUCUAGCCUGCCCAUCAUCGACUUCAAUGCGAAGAGACUUGUUCGGGAGUCUCAGCCAGCUGGAAGAAGUGAGGAAUUUUCAAGAUCAGUGUUUAACAUUCAUGGUCAGAGCCCUCUGGUGAGGCAUUAUUUGUCUACCAGGAAUCUUGACAAUAGUGGUUCCAUCUCUGUUCUAGUACGGCGGACAGAAAUUGAAAAACCACCUCCACCGGACUGCAAGACAUAUAGAGAUAUUAUUAAAGAAAGCCUACAGUUGAGUAAGGAUGUGACAAUUGGCCACAAAAGGGCCCUGGAGGGUGGCAUGCAGAGCAAGUUGCACAUAGAGCAGCAUUAUCAGGAAGAGAUGAAGAGUCUACUCAGCCUACACAAGCAGCUGCUAGCCAAUCCAAGAUGUGUUAAGAAAAUGAGUGACCAGAUCAUAAUGAACUUAAAAGUAAGUGACUGCAUGUACACUGUAUAGUCUUCAUUUGUGUUUAGCUUGUUUAGAGUAUUCUGAUGGAGCUUAUAAAAUGAACCCUAUAGUUUUGUUGUUUGUGCAUGUAAUGUAGGCAUAAGUAUAAAUGCUGGAUCAAGGCUAUGUAUAUAUACAUAUAUAUAUAUAAUAUGUAUAUAUACAUAUAUAUA